AUGCAACCUUCUUAUGUAGAUAAACAUAAUGGUAAGUUAGCUAACCUGCUCGAAAAGCAAAACACAUUCAAGGCAAAACUGGAUUUGCAACCAAGGCACGGCACGCGUGACGCCGAUGAUUUCCGCGAAAAGCGACAAACCCUUCGAAGGUCCCUAAGCUGUGAUGUGCGACAGUGUAAAGCGUUCGCAGCGAAGCAUUCGGCUAGCUUUCUCGGCCAACCGCGGCUCAGCACUUUAAUCAUGGAUACCACGGAAAAAAAGAAGAUCUUCUUUGAGGAAGCAGACAGACCUCCGCCCUCUUAUUAUGACGACAGUCUGGAGAGAAUGCCGCUCAAGAAGAUACCUUUUCAAACUCCUGAUCCCGAAAAAUGGCUCAAAGCACCCGAGUUUGUACCAAGAACAAAGAUGCUGGCCGAUGCAUUUGCACCGACACCUCCAGGAUUUCAGUCAGACAUCUCGCCGUUGACGGAAGUCCCAUUUGUACCAGUCGGACAUCUACCACGUGCACAAAUUGCAAAAUGCGUGGCCGGACCCUUUAUCCCGGGAGCACCAGCACCAUUCGUACAUCCGCCUCCUCCCUUUCCCCCCAUGGUUCCGAUGCCGCCUGCGGUCGCUGCAGCCGCAGCACCAGCCAUGCCCGUAAUUCCGAAUGGUUACACCGUCAACAUCACUAAUUUGAAUCGUGAGUUCAGUUUUACACAUGCUUUGUCAUAA